AUGAAGCGAUUUGGAUUGGCAGCCUUCGAUGAUCAACAAGAUGAUAAGGAGUAUGAGGGAAUCAGCUCGGCGGUAUUACAACGACAAAACAAUGAAUUAAAAGAGCAAUUGGCAGUAUUUCAAGAACGUUUGGUUGGUUUUGCCAAAAAGCACAACAGCGAGAUUCAAGCGAACCCAGAAUUCCGUUCAAAAUUCGUACGGAUGUGUUUAUCCAUUGGUAUUGAUCCCUUAAGCUUGUUCGAUAAAGAUAAACACUUGUUUAAUGUCAACGAUUUUUAUUAUGAAAUCUGCGUUAAGGUGAUAGAAAUUUGCCGGAAGACGAAAGAUAUGAAUGGUGGGGUUUUAUCAUUUGACGAACUAGAGAAAGGUUAUUUCAGACGGUUAAAUGUGGACAUGGGUGAUUUAGAAAAGUCCAUCGAUAUGCUCCAAAGUCUUGAUGGUGGGUUUGAAAUCUUUGAAAUCAGAGGUAAAAAAUUUCUGAGAAGUGUGCCAAACGAACUCACUGGUGAUCAGACCAAGAUUUUAGAGAUUUGUUCCAUUUUAGGGUAUUCUAGUAUAUCUCUUUUGCAUGCAAAUUUGAAUUGGAAGCCAUUUAGAAGUAGAGCGGUAUUGAAUGAGAUGGUUGCUAAUGGUCUUUUAUGGAUAGAUGAACAGGCGGAUGCAGAGGCCCUUUAUUGGGACCCCUCUUGGAUAAAUGUAUUACACGAAUAA